UGCCCCAAACACCUGGCGGAAUCUGCACCCAGAGAUGUCUUGCUACGCGCCCACUAUUAUCAUGUCAAAGAAAUCCUUCUGAAAAGCAGUCGCACAGCAGUCUUACCAACCGACUAUGCAUGUGUGAAAAUCUUCGUGGACCUAUCCGCAGCAAUGCUCAGAAGACAUAAAACCUUCCAUCAGGUGACUGCCACUCUCCGCGACAACAAUAUCAGAUACAGCUGGGGAUAUCCUACCAAGCUGUUGAUAACAAAGAAUGGGACGCUCACUCUCCUGCAAACACGAGAAGAAGGCCUGAAGAUAUCACCUACAAAGACCCUGCCGGCCUCACCUGACCCAGGAAUGCACAGCCACUUAGACGGA